AUGGUUCACCACACACAAGCUCCCACCAUCCUGGCCACCCCCAACCACAACAUCCUCACCACCGCCAACGGUAACCCUGUGGAUGAUAACCAGAACUCCUUGACCGCCGGCGAGUUUGGUCCUAUUCUGCUCCAGGACUUCCACCUCAUCGAUAAGCUGUCCCAUUUUGACCGUGAGCGCAUUCCCGAGCGUGUCGUCCACGCCAAGGGAGCUGGAGCCCAUGGGCAUUUUGAGGUCACGGCGGAUUUGUCAAAGUUGACUUCGGCCAAAUUUCUGGCCAAGCCUGGCAUCAAGACCCCCGUCUUUGCUCGCUUCUCGACCGUCGGAGGCGAGAGGGGUACUAGCGACUCUUUCCGUGACCCCCGUGGAUUCGCCCUCAAGUUCUACACCGAGGAGGGUAACUGGGACAUGGUCGGCAACAACACCCCUGUCUUCUUCAUUCGUGACCCGCUCAAAUUCCCCGACUUUAUCCACACCCAGAAGCGCAACCCCCAGACGAACCUGAAGGACCCCGACGCUUACUGGGAUUUCCUCUCGCUCUCCCACGAGUCCCUCCACCAGGUCACGAUCUUGUUCUCCAACCGUGGUACCCCUGCAGGUUACCGCCACAUGGACGGAUUCUCGUCCCACACCUUGAAGCUGGUCAAUGCUCAAGGCGAGGCCCACCUGGUCAAGUGGCACUUCAAGACCGACCAAGGGAUCAAGAACUGGAGCGCGGAGGAGGCUGCCGAGUUGGACAAGACCAACCCCGAUAGCUCGACUGAGGAUCUGUUCAAUGCGAUCGAUAAGGGAGAUUUCCCUUCGUGGACUGUUCACCUCCAGGUCAUGAAGGAGGCCGAUGCCGCUAACUACAAGUGGAACGUCUUCGAUGUCACGAAAGUUUGGCCACAUUCAGACUACCCUCUGCAAAAGAUCGGCAAGUUGACACUGGACCGCAACCCCCAGAACUACUUUGCCGAAGUCGAGCAGGUCGCCUUCUCGCCCUCGCACAUGGUCCCCGGAAUCGAUGUUACGAACGACAAGAUGCUCCAGGGUCGUCUCUUCUCCUACCCCGACACCCACCGCCACCGCCUUGGGGCCAAUUACCUCCAGUUGCCCAUCAACCAACCCUACCGUACCAAUGUCAACCACCACCAGCGUGAUGGCCCCGCGACCUACUCCCAGAAUUUCAACAACUACCCCAACUAUGAGCCCCAGUCUAAGGACCCCAAGGGCCCCGCUCAGCAAUUGCACGACGUCCGUGCCAAGUACUCGUCUGUGACGUUGAACGGACAAACGGGUCGGUACCCCCACCGCAAGUCGGAUGAUGACUACAAGCAGCCUGGUGAUCUGUACCGUCUGUUGAAGGGCAAGGAGCAAGACGAUCUUGUUUCCAACCUUGUGGGCCAUAUGAUCAAGGUCAAGAACCCGGAAAUUGUCAAGCGCCAGAUUGGGCACUUCACCAAGGCUGAUCCCGAGUGGGGUCGUCGUGUCGAGGAGGGCCUCAAGGCUGCCAAGAAGUAA